AUGCCAUUCCAGUUAUGCACUCGGGAUGACUGUAAUAAGCAAGGUUCAUGUAUGGGAUUGAAGGCCGCCCCAAUCUGCAUGUGUGAUUUUGGAUAUUUUGGACCAAAAUGUGAACAUAGUUUGAUUUCUCAGGGAUUAUGUGACUCAGCAACGGGUUGUAGUGGCAAUGGAUUAUGCAUAGCCCAAGGAGUCAUACAAAUGCACCGAGCAUUAAACUGGUAUAUCACUGUUCAGGAACCAGGGAAAGCUUCACGUGUUCAUGCUUCCUUGGCUACGAAGGAGAAAACUGUCAGAAUAAAGUUGGCGGGUCCAACUCAAUUCUGCCUACAAUGGCGGGUGCUUGCACGGCAGAAGACUGCAGUAACCAAGGGGUAUGUGUGGGUACAAAAGAUCUCCCAUUCUGUCUGUGCAAUCUCGGCAGAACUGGAAAGAAAUGCGAGCAUUCCAUCAAUUCUUUAU